CUCUUUCUUUAUCAACCAACAUCGUAUCUCGAGAGUUUCCUUCCCUCCUUCGGCAUCAGUACGCCUCUGCUAACGCUUUUUACCUGCUUUCAAACCUUAACGUGUGCUACCAGAAUUUGAACAAUGUUGCAAUUUUAGCGGCUAAAUGACUGCGUCAGUCAACGGUAUUUAGAUUCUCUCGACAGUAGAUUUUGGCAAAGUCUGAAAGAGCAUAAGACUGCCUCCACAUCUCACUUUCAGCCGAGAUCGAGGAGAACUCCAACAAGCAUCUGCAAUAGUGGUCCCGGUGUGAUUUGACAUUUCACCAUGUUUUUAGUUUCCAGUCGAAUAUGGUGAAACGCUUUUCAGGCUAAACCUGCAGCCAUGGUUCACAGUCAGAAUGAUGAAAGCUGGUUUGCUUUACAGCGAAUGGAGACAUUCUGUUCGAUGUAAACGAAAGUUCGUCUGCGGAAAAUGAAUCACAGCAGCGCGAUCUCCUGAACUAUAUGAGGACGUCAAGCUCAGUGAACAAAAUCACCAUCAUGAUUAUACGAGAUCCUAAAGCAGAAAAGACCACGAUGUGGUUGAGCCACAAAGUAAGCUCGAGUGCGGCAUAAUUAUGACUUGCACAAUGCAAGCCGUCCACGGCUCCGAAUGCCUCCAGCACGAAAGUCAAUCACAGGGUAGCAAUGUUGGCAGCGCCGUCAAUGCUGUCGAUCAGAGAAACGUGACAACCGGAACCGCAAGCGUACUUAGCUUGAAAUGUAUAAUCGAAAAGAUCAUAAUCUGAUACAUGGAUGAAAGAAGUGCGCUCAAGAAUGUUGGGAUCUGCUCCGCUCCUGGCUCGCAAAGCAGUAACCGUGUACUUUACGAGACGCGCAAACGAUUUGAGUCUUAAGAUCUGCAUGCAUGCAUGAGGGAAGAGGAGGUCGAGCCGUGACCAAAAGCAAGGACAGUCCCCUGUGAGAUCACGACUGGUAGGAUGAGGAAACGAUGCACCAGUCUAGAAUGAACUGGAAGCUCAAUGGUUUCUUGGACACCCAUGUACAAGGUUCACGCUGCGUUCGGAGCGGACGAGAGCUUUGCAUGACAUGCAGGGGGUUUUACUCGCCACAUGCCUUGGGCGAAGCAAGUUUUAUGGGCGCUGGAGCCAGUUUGCACCCAGUGCGAGCUCGAAUUUGUGACCAACGCCAUGAGGGAUCGCCACAGCGCGUACAUUAACGAGAGCGAAGGAGUGGCUGCUUUAGCCUCUCCGUUCGAGAUCCACGUCCCUUCGACGAGGUGCGAAGACCCGGCAGAUUGUCUUUCUUGUCCUCUGAAGUCCAAAUUCCAGUUCGUUAUACCAGAUUUGUCCUACGCGAGAAAGCGAGAUCACGAUGACGAAGAAUCCGACGACGUCUGCUUGGAAUUCGACGGCGAAGGUUGUCUCAUAUUCCUCGAUCAAGAGGUAGACGACGGUCAUGAGUGUUUCAGAUUUCCUACUUCGGAUCUCCUGGACAAGAUGAAGGGUUUCCACCAAGAACAGAUGCUCAAGGCGAAACAGGAAUCAGCUGCUCUGAAGACGCUUCUUCAGACACAAAAAUCUGCUCACGAGACAGAAGUGAGUAGUUUGCAGGCCGAGCUGGCGGCUCUGAGAUUCGAAAACACGAACUUGACAUUCAACUUGGAAGAGACUCAAAGAAGGCUCCGGUUCUUGAAAACGAUGGACUUGAAUUUGAAGAGCAAAUUUUCCAAUUCGGAGAAUUCUCCAGCAUCAGACACCGGCGUUGGCAUCGUACAAGGAGCAUGCACGACGGCCAUGGAACGAGCUCGUCGGUACCUCGCGGCAGGGAUUCUCAAGAAUCCUUCGUUGUGGAUGGGGAGGCGCGAUUCGAGGAGUCAAGUAGAAGAUCAAAAUGAAUCCCCUUUGAUUCGGGCUGUAAUAAACUACUGCUACACAGACGACAUUUGCUUUACAGAUAAAGUUACUCCAGAGAAGGCUUUGAAGGUUGCCCACCUUUAUGGGCUCCAGCACCUGAAAGAGCUCUGUGAAAAGGCCUUGUGCACAAAGAUCAGCCUUGACAAUAUGUGGGAGAUGUUCAAUCUGUCCCGAUCAUUCAAGGCUAAAGGUCUUCGUAGAGAAGUUUUGAAGCAUUUGCAGGAGAAUGUUCAAGAUUGUAGAAUGUCAUCAGAUGGUCUGGUUGUGGACGAACAAGUUCGGUAGUGCAUGCAUCACCUUCUGACGAAGCGAAGAAAAGGAAAUGAAAAACUUUAAUUUCUUCUGCAUUGAAUUGGCUUUGUUUCACAACAAAAGCCUCCAUGUAUAUUGCUUAGUUGUUUGCAAACUCCAUGACGACCAUUUUAUAGUGGUCUUUUCGGACCGGAUCUUUCGACACACAGUUCAUUAGUGUGGAGUAUGUUACAUUUCCCUAG